CACAGACUCCAGUCACUUUUCGUGACCUUCGACUUGUCUUGACACGGAGGGUCUACCUACAGAUACGCAUGAAGGCCCUCUGGCAUCGAACUACACCCCAUCUUUCUCCAUAGUUCGGCUAUGGGGGACGUGGCCCAGGGAACGGCACCUCUACCAUAAUCUGGCUAUAAAGACGAGAGCCCCAGUCCAAUUACACCUUCCCCGGAACCCCAGAUCUUGCCUUUCCUCUACAACGAGCCCAAAGAUAGUGCUCUCCUACAUAUAGCAUCAUUGGGGAAAGGAAGGACGUGGUCCAACAUCCACAACUGGCUUGAUCGGAAUCAUGGAGCUCGCCGACACGGUUAACAUGAGCCAUUACGGCGCUCGUCAUAAUCUUCUUCACAACUGGCGCCUCCUGAUCUCAUGCCUGCUCCUAUCCACAUGCUACUUUACCUUUGGGUAUGAUGCUUACAUUUACGGCGGCGUCAUCGCGAUGCCAUCGUUCAUCGAGAAAUUUGGCAGCCUUACAGCAGCGGGCUAUGUCCUCACUGCUAAGGAGACCUCCAUUGUUUCAUCGAUUCCGACAGUGGGCUCCCUCAUUGGGUUUGUGAUGAUAGCUCUUAUGGCAGAUCGCUACGGUCGGAAAAUAACCAUCUACGCCGGGGCCGUUAUCGGACUGGUAGGAAUGGCACUUCAGGUGGCAGGUUCCAGCCUUGCCUUGGUCACUGUGGGACGAACGAUUGCAGCGACUUCAACCUUCGUUACAAUCAACAUGGCUCUUACCUUGUCCGCAGAGCUGGCGCCUGCUUGUCUUCGAGGAUCGAUCAUGACGCUAUCUGCCGUUACAAUCGGCAUUGCCGGCAUUAUCGCAUCUGGUAUCAACUACGGCACCUACGCCAUCUUGACCAGUCUUGCCUGGCGUCUUCCGGUGGGCCUGCAGUUUAUCGGCCCGGUCGUGAUCAUCCUGGCUGUUCUCUUCGUCAUGGAAUCGCCAACAUACUAUCUCAUCAAGGACGACGAUCAAAAAGCCCGACAGAGUCUUGUCAAAGUCCGCCAGGGUUACACGAACGCAGAAGUGGACACAGAAUUGGAGAACAUGAGACAUCAGCGCACUUUACACACAAGCACGCAGCGUAUCUCUCCGCUCGACAUGUUCAAGGGCAGCAACCUCCGAAGAACCAUGCUGUCAUCCUCCUUCGUCAUCAUCACCCAGCUUUCUGGCUUGGCUUUUGCCACUUCAUACGCCGCCAUCUUCUUUGUGCAAAUUGGCACUGUGAAUCCUUUUCUGAUGGUCCUUGCGCUUUCUAUCCUUGAAUGGGGAGGCGCAUGCGUGGGUCAGGUCCUCAUUGAAGUGUUGGGCCGUCGCAAUCAAGCUUUGCUCGCGACGGGCGUCCUUUUCGUCCUCGACAUUGCCGUUGGUGGCCUGGGCUUUGCGCCGGCUACUAAUCUAAAGGCCACCAGGGCGAUCGCUGCACUAUGCCUCGUCUUCGGAUUUUUCAUUGCAGCCACGAUGAGUCCGCUGCAAUGGUGCGCCAUUGGCGAGUUUCCUACAGCACGUCUCCGCAACCUGACCUCUGCAUAUGCUUUGCUCAAUUCGAGCUUAGCCAGUCUGGUCAUCUCGUACGUUUUACCGUACAUCACCGCUGCUGAUGCGGCCGACCUGGGACCGAAAGUCUAUCUCAUCUUCGCUGGCUGCAUGCUAGUGUGCUUCGUGUGGGCUUUCUUCUGUUACCCAGAGAUCCGUGGAAGGACGCUGGCCGAGUUGGACGAGAUGUUCGGAGAGGGGGUGCCAGCGAGAAAUUUCCGCACCCACGUCUGCGUCAACACCUUGGAAAACACAGCCACUAUCAUGGUCAACGACAUCAAGCAGGAGCAUCAGGGCGAGACUCAGCAGGUAGAAGUAGUAGGUGAUUCAGCUGGUGCUACUGGCAGAGGUCAGGAUGUGGAGAUGGUUCGUGUUGGUGAGAAAGCCGGAGAAAAGAUCUAGGUAUAUGGCGGGCUAUACUUUGGGCAAUUCUCUGGCACCUCUUCGUAAUGCGACACUCUCUAUAGGACAUGAUGGUGAUGGUAACUCGA